GGGUAUUGAAAUAAUUGUCAUUAAUUAAUUUAAAAGAAAUUACAGGAAAUGUUAAUAAUGUUCAACAAUUGGUUCCAAAUUAGUUCCAUAUUUAUCGAUCAUGAUCCUAUUAUUCUUUUUGUUUGGGUGAGUUAAUUCAGCAUAGAUCCUAUUAUUAAUCUGUAAUGUUUUAAAUAAAAAGAUCACUGCAAGGUUUUUGUCGUACAGAACGUUCAAUACAGUCAAUCAUGAAAUAUUUCAUUGUAUUAAUUGCCGGCAGUAUUUUUGGAUGUUCCAAUGCAUUAAAAUGUGAUCUGCACAAUAUGAACGGUGAUAAAAUUCGUGAUGCUUUGAGUGAGUGUGUGAAAAAUAAUAACACAGAUGAUUUCUGGGAGAUGCUUUCUGAAAACGAGGAAAAUUCGUUGGAGGAAACACAAAAUAAUAUGGAAAAAACAGAUUCCAGACCGACAAAUUCUACUGAAAGAUCAAAACGUUCAUCUGAUGAUACGUCAAAAAAUGAAACUACACAAGAAGAUUCUGAUAGUAUGUCAAAAGUGGGUGACAUAUCCGAAAAUUGUAUAAUUCAUUGCGUACUGAGUAACAUGGAUCUGGUGGACGCUAAUGGUAUGCCUGAUCAUGAUAAAUUAGUUGAAGGAAUUGUGAAAAGUGCUAAAAAUCAAGAGUUACAAUCUUUUUUACAAGAUUCUGUUAAUGAAUGUUACCAGGAGAUUGAAAAAAGUAGUAAUUUAGAUGAUUGUUCUUAUUCGACAAAGUUAGUCAAGUGUUUGGCUGAUAAAGGUAAAGAAAAUUGUGCCGAUUGGCCCGCAGGAGGACUCCCAUUUUGAUCAUAUAAUCAUAUAUUUGUUAGAUAAAAUAAUAUUUUCAAUAUAAUAUUUAGCAAAA